AUGGCAGCUGCGAACAACAACAACAACAGUUCCGGCUCAAAAUAUGCUUCCAAAAAGCAAAAUGGUAGGAGAAAUGUACAUCCAUUCAAUAGAGAUACUCAAAUUAAGAAUCCCAGUAAAAUCAUAAGAUUCAAUGACUCAAACGAGGACGAUGAUGUCUCCAACAGACUUUUGAAAGAUGAUGUUGUUACAUACAAAUCCUUGAAGAGUCGGGCAAAUGAGUUACUUCGAGUGAGAAAGACAUUGCCGGUUUAUCAACACAAGAGCGAGAUAAUGCCCUAUAUCAAUGCUAAUCCUGUUACAGUGCUUAUUGGUGAAACGGGUUCUGGUAAAUCGACGCAAAUUCCACAGUUCAUUUUAGAGCAGAUAUAUGAUAAAAAGAAACACGGAUCCAUUGCUGUCACUCAACCUCGUCGUGUGGCAGCCAUUAAUUUGGCUACCCGUGUUGCCCAAGAACAUGGUUGUAAAUUGGGUGACCAAGUGGGUUAUUCUGUUAGAUUCGACAAUACUACCACUGCAAAAACUAGACUUAAGUACUUAACCGAUGGUAUGCUACUUAGAGAGCUAAUGAUGAAUAAUAACCUCAAGGAAUACAGUGUCAUUAUCAUCGAUGAAGCGCACGAAAGAACCGUACUGACAGACUUAAUAUUGGGGUUCUUGAAGUCUUUAAUACAAGGACCAAGGCCAGAUUUGAAAAUUAUCGUCAUGUCUGCUACACUACAAGCUGAAAAAUUCAGUGAGUUUUUCAAUAAUGCACCAAUUUUGUUUGUGGAAGGUAGAAAAUUUGAUGUUUCACAAUACUACUUGAAGGCACCAACGGACGAUAUAGUAGAUGCUGUGAUUAGAUGUUGCAUACAAAUAAACCAGGGUGAACAACUAGGGGAUGUCUUAUGUUUUUUACCAGGCCAAGAAGAGAUUGAUAAGGCGGUGACUAUAAUGGAGAAAAUUGCCAAAUACGUUUCAGAUGAAACAUCGGUACCUCUAUUAAUUCCUUAUCCCUUAUAUGCUGCAUUGCCACCUGUGCAACAAGCUUUAGUUUUCGCACCGGUGAAGGGAUUCAAGAGGAAGGUCAUUUUCAGUACAAAUAUUGCGGAAACAUCCGUUACCAUAUCUGGCGUAAAAUUUGUUGUUGAUUCAGGACUUCGGAAAGUUAAAGUUUGGAGACAUCAGUUGGGGUUGGCCACUUUACUUACCGUGCCCAUAUCUCAAGCAAGUGCUAUGCAAAGAAGUGGUCGUGCUGGUAGAGAAAGUGAGGGCAAAAGUUUCAGGCUUUAUUGUGAACCGGAUUAUUUGAAGUUGCCCAAGCAGAGUGAACCUGAAAUAGCAAGGAGUGACGUUACAUCUCCUGUGCUAAUGCUGAAAAGAUAUGGUAUCAAUGACAUUGUGAAUUGGACCUGGUUUGAAAAUCCAGGCAAGGAGGCCAUAAUCAUGGGUCUUCAAGAGCUUUAUGAGUUGGGUGCCCUCGAUACUCGCGGAAACAUAACAAAGCGAGGUGAACAGAUGGCUCUGUUGCCAUUGCAACCGCAUUUGAGUAGCGUUUUAAUCAAAGCCAGCGAAGUUGGUUGCUUGAGUCAGGUCAUUGACAUCAUUUCAUGUCUCAGUGUGGAAAACUUAAUGCUGAAUCCAUCUCCAGAGGAAAGGGAUGAGGUGAAUGAGCGCCGUUUGUCCUUAUGCAAUGCUGGCAAAAAGUACGGUGACCUAAUCAUGCUAAAGGAGCUCUUUGAUAUUUAUUUCUACGAAUUAGGGAAAAGUCAAGACGCAAACUCCGAAAGAAACGAUUGGUGUAAAGGCUUAUGCAUUUCGUUACGUGGGUUCAAAAAUGUAGUUCGUGUCAGAGAUCAGUUAAGAGUUUAUUGUAAGCGUCUCUUUUCUUCAAUCAAUGAGGAAAACGAAGAGGCCAGAAAGAUCGGUGAAGAUGGUGACGAAAUUUCCAAGAUCCUGAAAUGUUUCUUAACUGGGUUUAUCAAGAAUACCGCCAUCGGAAUGCCGGACAGGUCGUAUAGAACUGUUUCCACUGGGGAGCCAAUAAGUGUUCAUCCGUCAUCUAUGCUAUUCCUGAACAAGAGUUGUCCUGGUAUAAUGUAUACAGAGUAUGUCUUUACCACCAAAGGGUAUGCCAGAAAUGUUAGUAGAAUUGAACUUUCAUGGCUACAAGAAGUUGUGACUAAUGGAACUGCCGUAGCAAAGCAGAAAAUUUCUAGUUCAAAGUAA